GCGUAUUGAAGCACUGGAUGCUUUACAUCGACGCCCCAACCUACACCGAAAAGCCCAUUAUCCACCUCGUCGGAUCCCCAGAUUCUUACCGAGUCGAAACACGAUUUUUGACGGAUGAAGAUGAAGAAAGUUUCAUUGACCGUGUUAAUUUGUGUGAUAUUCCAAAUCGACAGGGGGUGUACGAUGCUAUUAUCAACGCUGGAGAACGUGCACGCGUCAACAAUCAAGAUCCGAGCUACAACUCUCAGGUCUAUAUUCUUAGGCUUUUGCGUGCAUUGGAAAGGCGGCGCAUUGUCAGCAACAAAGAUCCAAAGUAUAAAGAGGCAAAGAAAAAAUUGAAGGGAAAACAGCAGAGGCCGAACGUUAUGCAGUGAAUGGAUGUGAAGUCGUUACUGCCUAGUGUGCUGAUGCGUUGCUGUUGGCGCCCUUCGUUCAGUAUGACUUUGCUUUUGAAAGGGUAUGCGUAAUUUGGAA